GGGGGCCGACGGCGGUGUCCCUGUAGCGCUCGCCAUGGGCCUGAGCGGCAGGCGGGUGUCUGUGGCGGCGGCGGCGGCUGUGCUGCUCGGCUCGCUGACCGCGGUGCUUCUGCCGCAGCUCAGGGGCGGUUUGUGGUCGCUGCGAUGCCGCCUCUUGGAGGUGGGCCUGGACGAAGAUCCGAUCACCGGGCUCAGCUUGACCUACAGCGGAGUGGAGCUGAGCCAGCUGGAGGAGGCCUGGUCCCUCAGGCAGAAAGCAGGGCCAGAAAUCCAGUUAGAAGCUAAAGCUGCUCUGCACCAAGCUCUGGAGAUGAAGCGUCUGGGGAAGCGAGAGAAGGCAUACAGACUAUUCGUGCAUGCUCUCAACAUGGACCCCAAUUAUGUAGAUGCUUUGAAUGAAUUGGGUGUCUUCAUGGAAGAGGAGAAGGAUGUUAUUCAGGCUGACCAUUUAUAUACAAAAGCUCUGACUAUUUCUCCAUGUGACGAGAAGGCACUGGUCAACCGUGACAGGACAUUACCGUUGGUGGAAGAAAUUGACCAAAAACAAUUUAGUAUUAUUGACCGAAAAGUUAAAAAACUGAUGGCUAUACCCAAAGGGAAUGCAGCACUGCACCGUGUGAUGGAAGAAAGUUAUUACCAUCAUAUUUAUCACACUGUGGCUAUUGAAGGGAAUACACUGACCCUGUCUGAGAUCAGGCACAUCAUAGAAACUAGGUAUGCCGUGCCUGGGAAAAGCCUCGUGGAACAGAAUGAAGUUAUAGGGGUUGAUGCAGCCAUGAAGUAUCUCAACAAGUCUUUAGUAUCCAGAAUUGGAUCUGUUAAUAUUGAUGAUAUUUUGGAGAUUCACAAAAGAGUUUUGGGAUACGUUGACCCUGUAGAAGCUGGAAGAUUUCGGACCAAUCAAGUCUUUGUGGGUCACCACAUCCCUCCCCAUCCACGGGAUGUAAAGAAACAAAUGCAGGAGUUGGUCCAGUGGUUAAAUUCUGAAGAAGCCAUGAGUCUACAUCCUGUUGAAUUUGCUGCCCUUGCACAUUAUAAACUCGUCUAUAUCCAUCCCUUUGUAGAUGGGAACGGAAGGACAGCCCGAUUACUUAUGAAUCUUAUUCUAAUGCAGGCAGGUUACCCACCUGUCACCAUCCGCAAAGAGCAACGGGCUGAGUAUUAUAGUGCAUUAGAUUUGGCCAACGAAGGUGAUGUAAGGCCAUUUAUUCGUUUCAUUGGAAAGUGUACAGAAAUGACACUUGACUUACUGCUGAUUGCAACAGCUGAUCAUUCUGUUGAUAAAGGUUUACCUGAAGCUAAUCCAAACCACUCCGAUUAUAAGCAAACAAUUCUAAUUAAAAACUAACUUGUCUCAUUGUUCCACAUCCUUAUUUAUAGAGUCCGGUUGAGUUGGUGUGAACAUCACCAUUCUAAACUUAAGUUAAAUUCCUUUCGUUCUGAAAUUUGCCAACUUCUUUACUGAAGGGUUGUUCACAUGUUCAUGUUAGGCUUUUGCUUGGCUUUAUCAGGAGAUCCUGAACCAGCUGUGCAUGUUUGUUUCUGCUUUUGGAAUAUUGGUUACUUACCAGUUCGGAUCUGCAGAUUAAAGCUGCCAAAAAAAGCACUGAGCCCAAUUUGAAGUAUUCUGGGUUAUUUCAAGAUGAAUUAUACAGGGUGUGAUUUAAAUUGGUCAUAUUCUGAACUUGGCUGUUACUGCAAAUUAACUGGGACUGCAUUUUUUAGGCUGUUCUGUGAUCCUCACUGUCUCUCUUACCCCAGUUGUAAGUGUUUGUAUUUACAGUGCCAAUUUUUUAAUGACCUACGUAUGAUUUAUUUGAAUAUAGUGAACAUACUGACAGAUUGGAUUGCAUGUACUUUCAACAGCUAAUUAAAAUGUCAUGCCCACAAUUUGGAGGGAGGGGUGUGAAUUAUCUGCAAGAGGCUGGAACACUUGUGGGGGGUGGGAUAAUUAAGGGCUGCAAAUUCCAACAGUUGUGCCUGGGCAGCAGAUUUCUUUAUUCACGUUGGCUCAUGUUUCUCAAUACUUCCUAGGAGCUCCAGCAGUUUUUUUAGAAAAGUGAAUGUAUGUUUAAUGUCUCAAGGUUUUUUUGGCACAUCCAAUAGAUUUUCACCCAGAGCUUUUCCCACUAGCUUUGUACUGGCUAAAACUGCAGCAUGUAAUGAAGUUGUGGUGGUUGUUCUGAUACUUUUAAGUUAUCUCUCCAUUCUUUAUUUAAACCAAACAGUACUAAUUAUAGAUUACUAAGCACAGUUCUAGAAUGCCAAAAGAUUAUCAGUACACAUUGCUGAAUUUUAUCCAACACCGGGCUUCCUGGAGUGUUGGUUGAAGACAAUUAUGCUAAUAAAAGAACUGAGAGAGACCCACAUUAUUCCUUCAAAUUAUCAGUUGCUGUGGCUACAGGAGAAACUAUUUGUUUCACCAUUUCUAGUCUUUUAAUUAAAAUCUUGCACUUGAGAAAUCAAAAGGAUCAGUGUGAACAAACUUCAGUGGACAAUAUACCAAUUGGCCAGUGAGAUGUUUGUGAAUUGAAAUUGCACUUUGUAUAAAUAAACCUUAUUUAAACAGGUUAUUAAAACAUAGAAUUUUUUAUAUAUAUAUAUAUAGUAUUUAAGAUGUAAAAAAUAAAAUAUUUUGCCAUCUA